UACAAAGCUGUUCCAGCUUAAAUCAGCUGCAAUCGCUUCCCCGAUGCUUGAGAGCGCAGAGCUGUACUUCAAUGUGGACCAUGGCUACCUGGAGGGCCUGGUUCGAGGAUGCAAAGCCAGCCUCCUGACCCAACAGGACUACAUCAACCUUGCCCAGUGCGAGACCCUAGAAGAUCUGAAAAUUCAUCUCCAGACCACUGAUUAUGGCAACUUCUUGGCUAAUCAAACAAAUCCUCUUACUGUUUCCAAAAUUGACACUGAGAUGAGAAAAAGGUUAUGCAGAGAAUUCGACUACUUCCGGAAUCAUUCCUUGGAGCCCCUCAGCACAUUUUUCACCUACAUGACGUGCAGUUACAUGAUAGACAACGUGAUUCUGCUGAUGAACGGCACGUUGCAAAAAAAGCCUGUGAAAGAAAUCCUGGUGAAGUGUCACCCACUGGGGCGUUUCACAGAAAUGGAAGCCGUCAACAUUGCAGAGACACCUUCAGAUCUCUUUAAUGCUGUUCUGGUGGAAACACCACUAGCGCCAUUCUUUCAAGACUGUAUGUCUGAAAAUACCCUAGAUGAACUGAAUAUUGAAUUACUGCGCAAUAAACUGUACAAGUCUUACCUUGAGGCUUUCUACAAAUUCUGUAAGAAUCAUGGUGACGUCACAGCAGAAGUUAUGUGUCCCAUUCUUGAGUUUGAAGCUGACAGACGUGCUUUUAUCAUCACUCUCAACUCCUUUGGCACUGAAUUGAGCAAAGAAGACCGGGAGACGCUCUACCCCAGGAUCGGCAAGCUCCAUCCGGAGGGGCUGCGCCUGUUGGCACAAGCAGAAGACUUUGACCAGAUGAAGAGAGUAGCGGAUCAUUAUGGAGUAUACAAGCCUUUGUUCGAGGCUGUAGGUGGCAGUGGGGGAAAGACGUUGGAGGAUGUGUUUUAUGAACAUGAGGUACAAAUAAAUGUGCUGGCAUUCAACAGACAAUUCCACUACGGCGUGUUUUAUGCAUACGUAAAGCUGAAGGAACAAGAAAUGAGGAACGUCGUGUGGAUAGCAGAGUGCAUUUCCCAGAGACAUCGAACUAAAAUCAACAGUUACAUCCCGAUUUUAUAAUCCUCAGGGGGCAGGGGGCUCAAAUGUGGAAAGACAUAAAUGUCACAGGAAAGUUAUUGAGGAAAAUAAAAGAAAUCGUGUUGUAUUAUCUAGGUCGCACAAAAAUAAGCUAC